UCUUCUUCUUGAAAAAAAAACAAAAAACAAUACAAAUGGCAGAAACUGUUGUCUCUUUUGUGUCAGAUCAUCUCGCAACCUUACUCCGAGAGGAGGGAAGCCUGUUGGGAGGGCUUCGAGAAGAGGUCCAAUUCAUCAAGGAUGAGUUGGGGCAUAUGAGAGCUUUCCUCAAAGUGGCUGAACCAAAAGAAGAUGAUGAUCCCAGGCUCCAAGAAUGGAUCAAGCAAGUGCGCGAAGCUGCUUAUGACAUUGAAGAUGUUCUCGAUGAAUUUGUACUUCGCUUUGCUGGCUACCGACAUCAUGGAUUCUGUGGCUCUCUUCAGAGAAUUCUCAAAGCCAUUAAGAGCUUGCCAGCUCGUCAUCAGGUUGCCAGUGAAAUUCAAAGCAUAAAGUCCAGGAUCAAAAAUAUUUCAGAAGGACGUCAGAGAUACCAAGUUGAAUUUGGUAUCGAUGACUGUGUCACUGGAUCUUCAACCAUGAACGACUCAUGGCGCUAUAGCAGGGAUGAUGCACUUCUAGUGGAGGAAGCAAAAUUGGUUGGCAUUGACCAGCCCAAACAACAUCUGAUUUCUAAGCUCCUCGAGGCGGACGAUCACCAACUCAAAGUUAUUUCAGUGGUCGGCAUGGCUGGACUAGGGAAAACUACCCUAGUCAAAAAGGUCCAUGAAGAUCCAGAUGUUAGAAAGAAUUUCCCAGUUCGUGCAUGGGUAACCGUCUCUCAAACAUGCGACUUUCCAAAGCUCCUGAGAGACUUGAUUCGGAAGUUGCACAAGGACUUGGACAAAUCAGCCCCACAAUCGAUCGAGUCCAUGACUACCGCUGAGCUGAAAGAAAUUGUCAAAGAUUUUCUUCAACAAGCUGGAAGGUAUGCAAUUGUGUUCGAUGACGUGUGGGACGUGGAAUUUUGGAAUGAAAUCAAAUUUGCACUGCCUGAGGGUAACUACGGCAAUCGUGUCAUGCUAACAACACGAAAUGCCGAUGUAGCCCCUGCCUCUUGCACAGAAUCUCAGGAUUUUGUCUACAAAAUGGAGCCACUAUCAAUUAAAGAUUCGUGGACCCUAUUUUGUAACAAGAUCUUUAAAGGAAAUCGUUGCCCCGACCACCUGAUGGAUGUUGCAAAAGCUGUAUUGGAUAAAUGUGACGGUUUGCCUUUGGCGAUUCUUGCGAUCGGUGGGCUCUUGGCUUCGAAGGACGUGAGCAGAAUAGAUGAAUGGGAGAUGAUUCAACACAGUCUUGGGGGUAAGCUAGAGAGAGUUAAAAGAAUACUUUCUCUGAGUUACAACGAUCUGCCUUCGCAUCUCAAACCCUGUCUGUUGUAUUUAAGCAUUUAUCCGGAGGAUUAUCUAAUAGAUAGCAGAACACUGACUCAAUUAUGGAUUGCUGAAAGAUUUGUAGAAUGGAGAGAAGGAAUGAAUAUUGAAGAUGUAGCCUGGGGUUAUUUCAAUGAACUCAUCAGCAGAAGCCUAAUUCAAGUAGCUGAAGUGUUUUAUGAAGGAUUGCCCGACAAGUGUCAAAUCCAUGAUCUAUUGAGAGAAGUUAUUCUCAUGAAGUCAAGGGAACAAAACAUGGUGACAGUUACUACUGGACAACCAAUGACGUGGCCAUCUGAGAAGGUACGCCGUCUAGCACUCCAUAGUAGUAGUAACAGCAGCAACAUCCAAUACCACCAACAAAGACAAUUUUAUUCCUUUGAACACCUUCGAUCAUUCAUCGCAGUUAGUUUCACCAACCCAUUACUGUCCAAAACUUUCCUAUCUGAAGUUCUAAGGAGCAGUAAGUUGCUAAAGGUUUUGGAUUUGAGAGGUGAAGAGAUAGAGGAAACACCAAAUGAGAUUUUCAGCUUGUUGCAUCUCACAUAUCUGAGCCUAUAUGGUACAAAAGUGGCAAGAGUCCCGAGAGCAAUUGGAAAGCUUCAACAUUUGGAACAUCUGAAUUUGGGGAACACUGGAGUUAGGGAAUUACCCGUGGAAAUCCUAAAGCUACUAAAGCUUCGGCAUCUCAGAGUAUAUCAACAAGUUGAUCCCUCAGAUAGUGAUUAUGGAUAUCAUGGGUUUAAAGGUCCGUCAAAAUUGGGAGGGCUUCUCGCUCUACAAAGGUUAAACAGCAUAGAUGCAAGUAGUGGGUCUGUAAUAGUUAAAGAGAUAGGAAAAUUGACCCAAUUAAGAGUGUUAUAUAUUACACAGUUGAGAAGAGAAGAUGGAAAGGAGCUCUGCUCCUCCCUUGUCAACCUCACCAGCCUUCAGCAAUUAAGGAUUGCUUCAGUUGGAAAAGGUUAUGAUUUUGAGAUAAUCGAUCUAAAUCAUCAUCAACAUUCUCUUUCUUCUUCCUCUUCUUGUUCGUUUCUUCAAUCUCUUCGUUUGCUACUAGUGCGUGGCCGCUUAGAAACGAUGCCAGUAUGGAUCACUCAUCUUCAAAACUUGGUAAAAAUAAAUUUGAGCUGGAGUAGGUUAAGGGCAGAUGAGGAUCCGCUUAAAUCCCUCCAACAUUUGCCCAAUUUGGAUGCAAUUAAUUUCUGUGGAUGUUACCAAGGAGAAGGGUUAUGUUUCAAGGCUGGAGGGUUCCAAAAGCUGAAAUGGUUGUGGUUAAAGAAAAUGGAAGGGUUGAGAUGGAUGGCAGUGGAGGAGGGUGCAUGCCCUCAUCUCCAAAGACUAAUUCUUCAUCGACUUCCAUCACUAGAGGACUUACCUUCGGGAAUUCAGCACUUGAGCCAUCUUCAAGAGCUUUAUUUGUAUGAGAUGAGUUCUCAACUGAUGGAAAAGGUAGGGAAUCAAAAGGAAGACAGUGAAGAUUACAGAAGAAUAGCACACAUUCCUGAAAUUGACAUUGGUUUCUAUGCCGAUGAUGGGGAAUGGAUAAUCCGCCGGCUGUGGGGGAAGAAGAAGAAAACAAUCCUUGCCUAGCACUAGCAGCAUCCCGUGGCUUUCCUUUCUCUUCUUCUUCUAUUUUUCUGAGAAGUUUCUGAUGUUUUCUAUCUUCUCCACUGCGUGUAGUAUGGUGCAUUGCAUCGUCAUCUUGUUCAUAAGCUGCAUUUUGUUAAUGUAUUUUUUUUUAACUGUUUUUCUUUAAUUUUAACUUCAGCAAAUGAAGCAUUCUUACCUACCUCCCCAAAUAAGCACUUGUAAGUACAGGAAUCAAUUUGCCCAUAAGUCUGCAUAAAGAUUGCAAUGCAUAUAGCAUUGUGCGAAAUUUGAGAAUGACAAUCUUCUUUUCACUCUUCGAUUUUGGAUAACAAAAGGGUCUGAUCCCAAUUUUGAUUUAUUUCUAAAAGUUUCUCUAGAUUUGCCAAUUUUUUAGGAGCAUAAAAAUGGGAUUUAAGAAGCUCCUCAAGUUAAGGGUGAUUUACAAAUAAAGGGUGAUUUACAGCGGAUGCAGCUCACCAAAGAGUUGAAGGCCAAAAUGCAUAUAGCUUUCUAGAUGCAUUUUUCCAAACCAGAUAGAGAAAAAUAAAAAAUGCAUCAAUUUUCCUUGGUUUAUUAUACAGGGAAAUAACGAAAGUCUAAAUACUACAUGAUGAUCUAAUAGUUAAAUAUCUUCUAUUUCUGUCCUAAAAUAGGGAUAAUUGCAUAAAUCUUCUCUGAGGUUUCCGAUAUUUGCAGUGACCUCUCCUGUAAUUUAAAAAAUUACAUUGAUCUUUUCUGAUGUUACUAAUUCUUUAUAAAUUUAGUCCAAACGAUUAAAAUAUUAUUUUAGGGAGUGAAAUUAGAAAUUUGUAUCAAAUUUGUCUUCCACCAUUGCUAAUAAAAAUGGAAAGCCUGGAACCCCUCCACCCUUUCUCUCUCUGGAAGUUCAUCUUGUAAGCAACAUAACUGAUUCACCACCAAUGGGUAUUUUUUCAUGGUUCAAGGGAACCAAAAACGAUACCAACUCCAAACCGGCGACCCAAAAAUCCGAACCGGUGAAAACCCAAUCCGCUUCUGAAGUUCCCGGCAUGAACGGAGCACUGGAGGUCCGGCGGCCCGGCCCACCACCAGUUAUAUCACCGUUUUCGAAUUCGGUUCCAUUGCCGCUUCUGCCGAUAAGGUCACCCUCGCCGGCUUCUGCCCUGUUUCCCACGAGCUCGAACCUUGCCGCUGGGAGAUUCUGCCGGCUCAAGGCUCCGACGCCCCUCAAUUUCGCGUAGUCUUUUGACGGAAAAAUAGUUGGCGAAAAAGAAACGGAGAAUUUUCAGCUUAGCUUUUGAGGAAAUGGUGAGGAGGAGUAAAAUCCCAAUCCUGAGUAGAGUUUCUUCAGUUCAUAUGGGUUUUUAUCUAUAUUAAAAAAACAAAAAAGCUUGUAUAUUUUUUUCUCUUUCAUUUUUGAAGUUUCUCUGUAAUUUAGCUCUGUUUGACACUUUGAUUAGAAUAUGAUAAAGACCUUUACUGCA